CAGAUCGCGUCAAUGUGUAAAUGUUGUGUCGUUAAACUCGCCACCACCCGACACAGCAACUGAUUCAAGAAAUUUGAUUAUACUCAGCCUGAGGACUUUGAAGACGACGACGGUGACUUCUCAUCGGCCUCUCUUCCGCCAAGCAAAAUGUCUCAAGCGGUGACCAAUUCUGACGAUGAAAAUGGCGACAAGGCAAAGCCUGCAAAGAAGGCCUUGAGCGGAACCAAGAAGUCCCGUCAAGUCACGGCCUUGAACACAGCAGCAGGAACAGCAAGAGACGGAAGACCGUCCCUGGACGACGAGCGUCUCUUUGAGAGGGAGCUCAAGGAGGUCCUUGCCCUCGCUGGUGAUCAGACGGAAGUGGCGGCGUCUUCGCGGGAGAGUUCACAGGAAGCCGUGGGCAGUGCCACCGUCAACACGGACGACCCACCCGACAACGAGACGGGCGAGUCCUCGGAGUCCGCUGGGAAGUCCGACAGCGAUGACAGCGACCACAAGAAGCCCUUCUGGAAGUUCAAGGUGCCUAGGGUCACCGCCGCCACCGCCAACAGGAGAGGGAGCAAAGCCGCCGUGGCCAGGGGCAGCAGAACAACGGGCGCGGCGCCUGGAGCCGGGGCGGAUGUCGGGCCAGAUCCUGCCCCUCGGCAAUCAGCGAAGCGCCUCCCCCCGCCCGCGUUCAACGAAGCCGGCGUCGCGGAUCGUGCCACCGCAUCGCCUCUACCCAAGUGGGUUCCUCCAGGUCCGGCCUUGCAUCUUGGCCUCUCGAAACGAGCCAAGCUGACGCCUCUCCACCCUGACUCAACAUGAAACCACCACGGAUCACCACAGAUCACCACGGACCACCACAGCCCGCCACAGCCACCAGCCACUGACUCUUUCAACAUGCCAUGACAUGUCCCAGUCAGCCACUAAGCCAUUCCACUUGCCACGGUCUGUGAGUGAUACAUUCCAAACACCGAGCACUACCACAGUUUGCCACUGAACCAUGGCCUUGUCUGGGACAAGCACUGCCCCAUUCAACCGCCAAGGGCUACUACCACUGACAGCCCAAGUGCAACUCAACUUGCCAUUACUCAGCGUAUACAAGACCCGCCAUGCCUCAAUAGGUGCGGUCUGCUGUAAGCUCACCUGACUUGCCACCGUAGAGAUUGCCACAGUCCGCUGUGAGGUGACUGCUCGCUGCCUGCAGCCACGGCCUAAAGCACGGCUGCUAGACUGACUUGAACCACCGCCGAAGACAACCUCAGCUGCCGUGGCUGAAAUCUGAGGCACAGUUUAACAGUGAAAGCCCUUGAUUCCAAUUCAAUAGCACGUUUUUUGUUAGCACAUGGAUGAAAAUCAUCUGAAUAACUUAGUUUUAAUGCUUUUCGUUAGAGUCUGUAGAGCAGUUUCGUUCUGCAUUUUGUUUAUUGUUAUAUAGCACGAGUGUUUGGUGUAAACUUUAACGCAAGACUGGUUAUAAUUCUGUAUGACUUCACGAGAUAUUGGCCGGAACUAGAAAUGUUUUCAUCCUGGCCUCACUGCACAACUCUCAACCCAUUGUCCUGAAAUUUAAGACGUGGCCCCAAAUUCAAACGGCUGUUAUCUUUCGAUUAAAAGCUUUCGUGACUGCAGGGAUUCAUCUUCUUGGU